CUGCUCCUCUGGGGUCUGCUCCUUUCCUGAUGGGAUGGGCAGGGUUUUCUGACUCACUAUUUUGUAGUAGCCUGGGAUUCCCCCAGAUGCCUAAACUGCUGGUGGGAGAAUCGCCUCCUUCUUCAGAGAAAGCAUCCUUGACUGAGAUGCAGAAAACCUGCUAGUAGAAAUUAUGGUCUCACGUAGUGACUCAUGCUGCUAAAACACUGUUAAAUAUCAAGAACCACAGAAUAAUAGAAUCAUAUAAUAGUUUGGGUUGGAAGAGACCUUCAAAGGUCAUCUAGUCCAACCCCCACGAGCUGCCUUAAUACAGCUUAUGUUCUGAAGUUCUUAUGCCACACAUUUCCCAUGUCUGAAUUCUACAUAUUAUAGAAGAGGCAUAUAGUGAAGGAAGAAGAAAACAAAACAACAGAUUGUUUAAGUUAAAACAGCUUCUGCCAUCCUGUAGUCUAGUACUGGGCUGAUUGCUCACUCAACCAGUACAGUUAUCCAUGGACUCCUGUGGUUGCCCAAGAUUAGCCUGACACACCUGAUGACCUCUUCUUUCCAUACUAACAAAUGUAAGACAAUCAAUAUACUGGUUUCUAUCUGGUAAUAAAACAUCACAUAUAUCAGUUUAUGCAACAUAUGAAUGUGACUGGCAAAGUCCCAUAGCACAUGUCCCAGCAGUUUAUGCUACAGUUAGAGGAAAGUUGAAAGAAAGAAGAAAAAGGAACAUUUCCAGGCAGAGAAGGAAAUGGGCAGGGCAUGAUGAGCAAGAAAAAAGGCCCAAUAUUUCUUUCCCCACCCCAGACUUACCCAUAUAAAUAGUGAGAGAAUUAUUUCCCCAGCUCACUGGCUGCCGCUCAUUUGCUGCAUCUCCCUGGAACCUUGCACCAUCCCUCUGUGAUGUGGGCAAAGACAAUUACAGGAGAUUUUGCCAAUGUCAUUCAUGGUUUGAAUGCAAACCACUUGACAGACCAAGUCAUUCAGAGAAGCAAGCGAAUGAUUCUCGAUACUCUUGGAGUGGGGCUUCUGGGUACCAACACUGAGGUCUGCCACAAAGUGACACAAUACAGCAAGAUCUACAGCUCAGAGACAUCCAGUACCAUCUGGGGCCACUUGGAUUUCCGACUGCCUCCUCUGUAUGCAGCUUUUGUGAAUGGAGUGGCUGUGCACUCAAUGGAUUUUGACGACACAUGGCAUCCUGCCACACACCCAUCUGGGGCUGUACUUCCUGCUGUGAUUGCACUCUCAGAGGCCUUUCCUCAGAAGAAAAAAAUCUCAGGUCUUGAUCUGCUCUUAGCUUUCAAUGUGGGAAUCGAAGUGCAAGGCCGGCUGCUGCGCUUCUCCAGCGAAGCCAGGAAUAUCCCAAAAAGGUUUCACCCACCUACUGUGGUUGGUACAAUGGGGAGUGCAGCAGCUUGUGCCAAACUGCUAGCUCUUGACCAACUGCAAUGUAAAAACACCUUGGCUAUCGCUGCCUCCUAUGCAGGUGCCCCACUGGCUAACGCAGCAACCCAAACGAAGCCCCUCCAUGUUGGCAAUGCUGCCAAGCAUGGACUGGAAGCAGCUUGCUUAGCAUCACAGGGCCUUCAAGGAAACAAGCAGAUCUUGGAUAUGGAGUCCGGGAUAGGUGCCUUUUAUACAGAUUACAACCCACAGACUCUGCCAACCUUGCACUCCUAUCCAUGGCUGUUGGACCAGCAAGACGUUGCCAUUAAACGCUUUCCUGCUCACCUGGGAACACACUGGGUGGCUGAUGCAGCAUCUUCUGUUAGGAGGAAGCUUGUGGAGAGCAACAACUUGCUCCCCCUUGAUAAAAUUGAGAAAGUCAUUCUCAGAGUCCCAGACGUCAAAUACGUGAACAGAGCCAGCCCUACCUCAGAGCAUGAAGCUCGACACUCCUUCCAGUUUGUUGCGUGCUCUUCUUUGCUGGACGGCAGCAUGUCGGUCCAGUCCUUCACCAGUGAGAACAUUCACCGGCCGGCCUUGCAGGAGCUCCUCUGCAAAACGCAACUGGAGCACCCUCCUGAUAACACACCUAGCUUUGAGAGUCUUUACUGCGAAGUGAGCGUCAUGCUUCAGGAUGGCAACAUGAUUAGUGACCGCUGCGACACAUUCUAUGGGCACUGGAGGAAACCCCUGAAAAAGGAGGACUUGGAGAAAAAAUUUCAGUCCAAUGUCUCCAGCACCCUGCCUGCAGAAGCCACAGAAGGCAUCAUAGAGACCGUGUACAAUCUGGAAAAAGUAGAGGACUGUUCUGUGUUAAGUACAUUUUUAUCAGGACAGGCAGCUAGAGCUCUUCUGGAGAAGCUGCGCUUCCUUUGACUGCUUGAGCCAACAGCAAGACUGUUCACAAGGCAAACACAAAAUUCAGGACAAACUCUUAUUUAGUGACUCAAGCACUUUUGAACAAGACUCCUGUAACACAAGAGCCACACUCAGUCAAAUACCGUGGGUUUUGACUAAGUAAGCUAGUGAUUAUGCACACAGCCCAGGCUGAAUAGAAAAUCCUCUGCUGGCAUGAUUGGUGGCACUUCCAUUAUCUUUAUACCUCUAGAGGCAGAGCACUGCUUGUGCAUGACACAAAAAUGUGUCCACUCUGCUGCCAAAAGCAUCUGUAUAUUCUGCUUCUGCUAAGUAAAUCCAUACAGGAACUU